AUGGACGGAAUAAGGCCUGAAGAAUAUCAUUAUAAACCAGAAGGAUAUUAUAAUAAACCAGAAGGAUAUUAUAAUAAACCAGAAGGAUAUUAUUAUAAAGAAGAGCUCGCGUUGGCUCAGGACAGCCACGGCGCCCCCCCUACCGCCCUCCAGACCCCCCUGCUGCUGGCCGCCCCCCAGAACCUCGUUGGCUGCGCCACCUGUCAGCUGCUGCUGACAGCCACUGAGCUGCAGCCCCCCCAGCUGCCCCCUCCUGCAGCAGGGGGGGGCAGGUCCUCCCCAGUGGGGAGUUGGGGGUCCACCACCUGCUCCCUAACCCCCCACGGCCUCUUCAUCACCAGGACGCUGCACUUCAGAGACGAGCAAAAAUGGGCGCUGCAGCAGCGACAUUUCACCGACCACCUCUGCAGCGCACCAGCCUACGUACUGCACGCGCACGGCAGCUUCGUCCUACGCACGGCCGCCUUCAGUAACUUAAAGACACUCAUUGAAGGAUUAGCAUUAGGAAACAAGAAGGAUUUACCGUCGAAAACCAUGCAGAAAAAUCCUGGAGGAAGGAAAGAAUUUUUAAAAAAGAGUCCCAAGAAAUAUUUGUUUGUAAGUUCUGAACAUUUAAAAGUAAAACAAGAAAAAAACAUUUUAAAUGCGGACAAUAUUUCUGAAAGUGAGGACAAUGGAACUGGAAAUACCAUUAGUGGAGAUAAGGUGUUGCUGCUGUUCAUGGUUGUACAAAACCUGAGUCUCACUCCCCUGACCCAGCCCGUGGUGGCACAACUCAACCACCCGCGGGGGGGUUGUGGUGGGGGCUGGGUUCUAGGGGUCACCAAGGACAUGACUGACACUAAGGGUUGUAAGUCGUUAGGUAUAACCCUGCCCUUGGUCAUGAAGUAUCCUUUGAAGUUCGGUCGGGAUUCUGGAUCAGGAUUGGAGAACCUGUACAUCGGGGAACCCUCCCCAGGAUUCGUCGAGUAUCCUAGCAACAUGAGUCUAGUGUACCCACACCAGCAGCAGUGGAUCAAGGAUCCUGACGACCAUGAGUUCACGGUAGAGUAUCCUGCCUGGGGAUGGGGGGCUCCCCUGCAGGAAUGUGAUGACGGGGGGCCUCGUACCCGGACGGGGGCGGGGGGCAACGCCCCCCAGGAGCGGCGUGGAGUCCGAUUUCAUGGAGUCGAACCCGACGAUGUCGACGGGGAUUCAGAAUCUUCCCGAAUCCAGAUGAAAAAAGAAGAUGAAUCCACUAACAAGUCUCGAAUCUCUUUUAAAAGAACUGAAGAGCUUGGAAACAAUGUAAAUCCCCACGCCGUUUACCAGCCCCAUGCUGACAUGACCAGCGCGGCCGACAUCAGUUCGCCCGCCGUGCUCACCAAAACUGUGCUGCUGCUGCUAAUUCUGAACGGUCACUAG